AUGUCACUGAAUAAUCUUCAGGUAGUCAACAUUCCAUGGAGGAACAACAAUUUCAGCCUUUUAAAUAAAGACCCUCCUUUGUCGGAUCAAGGCGAGACCAUCAUAGGAGUAUACCUGUUGGUAUUAGGCUGGCUCUCCUGGUUCGGGAACAGCGUGGUGAUCUUCGUCCUCUACAAGCAGAGGGCCAGCCUCCAACCCACCGACUAUCUCACCUUCAACCUGGCCAUUUCCGACGCCAGCAUAUCAGUGUUUGGAUACUCCCGCGGGAUCAUAGAGAUCUUCAACAUCUUCCGUGACAAUGGAUACAUAAUCACCUCAGUCUGGACGUGCCAGGUGGAUGGCUUUUGCACCUUGCUCUUUGGCCUGGCCAGCAUUAACACCUUGACUGUCAUCAGCGUCACCAGGUACAUAAAGGGAUGUCAUCCCAACAAAGCCCACCGCAUCACCAAUAGCGCCAUCACCAUAUGUGUGAUCUUCAUCUGGGUCACGGCGAUAUUCUGGGCUGGAGCUCCGCUGUUGGGCUGGGGAAGUUACACAGACCGUGGGUAUGGGACCUGCGAAGUGGACUGGGCCAAAGCCAAUUACUCCACCAUCUACAAGUCCUACAUUAUCCUCAUCCUCAUCUUCUGCUUCUUCAUCCCCGUGCUGGUCAUGCUCUUCUCUUACGUGUCCAUCAUCAACACGGUGAAGAGGGGCAACGCCAUGUCAGCCGAGGGGGACCUGACGGACAGGCAGAGGAAGAUGGAGAGGGACGUCACCGUUGUGUCCAUUGUUAUCUGCACGGCCUUCAUCCUGGCCUGGUCGCCCUACGCCGUGGUGUCCAUGUGGUCGGCUUGGGGCUUCCACGUGCCGGGCCUGACCAGCAUCUUCACCCGCCUCUUCGCCAAGUCGGCCAGCUUCUACAACCCGCUUAUCUACUUCGGUCUGAGCUCCAAGUUCCGCAAGGACGUGAGUGUGCUGCUGCCUUGCACCCGCGAGGGCAAGGACACCGUCCGCCUCAAGCGCUUCAAGCCCAAGGCCGAGGCCGCGCCCCCUGCACAGGCGUGCCCCAGGCUGCCCCUCCACCACAAGGAGCAGAAGUACAAGGCAGAACAGCAGCAGCAGCAGCAGCAGCAGCGGCCUGUGAAGCCCUCCCCUAGUCCUGACUCCGGGGUGGGAAGCCCGCCCGGCACGCCUCCUCCAGUCAACAAAGAAGUCUUCUUCCUCCCUGUGCCCCUCCCCUCCGAAGGGUCAGGGUAUGAAUGUGACAGACUAUGA